AGCGCCCUCCGCUCUCCCGGCCGCGGUCUCCCUCGCCCGCGCCGCCCCGCCGCCAGCCCUGCCGCCGCCCCUUGGCGACCAUGGCGCACCGGGGACCCCUGCGCUCCCCGAAGGGCCCGGGCUCCGCCGCCCGAGCCCUGAGCCCCGGGGCGCCGCCGCCGCCGCCGCGCUCCCUGCGCUCGCCGCGCUCGCGGCCGCUCCUGGUGCUGCUGCUGCUGCUGCUGGCCGCCUGCGGGGCGGCGGGGCGCUCCCUUGAGCCCGGGCGCCUGGGUCCCCGUGCCCUGCUGACUCGGGCGCCGCCGAGCCCGCCCGCGGGGCGCGCGCUGCACGGCGACGGCGAAGACCAGCAGGCGCGCGGCGCGGAGCCCGGCGCCCAGGGUCCCGGUCCGGCUCCGGGACCUGGCGAGGACGGCGCCCCCGCCGCGAGCCAGGGGCGCUGGGCGCGGGCGGCGCCGGUGGCCGGAUCGGCUUCGCGGGCGCAGGUCUCGCUCAUCAGCACGUCGUUCGUGCUCAAGGGGGACGCGACGCACAACCAGGCGAUGGUGCACUGGACGGGCGAGAACAGCAGCGUGAUCCUGAUUCUGACGAAGUACUACCACGCAGACAUGGGGAAGGUUCUGGAAAGUUCUCUGUGGCGGUCAUCAGACUUCGGCACGACCUACACCAAGCUCACCCUCCAGCCUGGCGUCACCACCGUCAUUGACAACUUCUACAUCUGCCCGACCAACAAGAGAAAGAUCAUCCUCGUGAGCUCCUCGCUCAGCGACCGGGACCAGAGCCUGUUCCUCAGCACGGACGAGGGCGCCUCCUUCCAGAAGCAGCUGGUUCCCUUCUCCGUGGAGACGCUCCUCUUCCACCCGCGGCAGGAGGACAAGGUGCUGGCCUACACCAGGGAGGGCAAGCUCUACGUGUCUGCUGACCUGGGGAAGAAGUGGACGCUUCUGCAGGAGCGAGUGACCAAGGACCACGUGUUCUGGGCUGUGUCUGGGGUGGACGCCGACCCUGACUUGGUCCACGUGGAGGCCCAGGACCCGGGAGGAGGUUUUCGGUACGUCACCUGUCAGAUCCACAACUGCUCCGCAAAGAUGCUGACGGCGCCGUUCUCGGGCCCCAUCGACCACGGUUCCCUGGCUGUGCAGGACGAUUUCAUCUUCUUUAAGGCAACUUCAACCAACCAGACCAAAUACUACAUCUCUUACCGUCGCAAUGAAUUUGUCCUGAUGAAGCUGCCCAAGUAUGCCUUGCCAAAGGAUCUGCAGGUCGUCAGCACGGACGAGAGCCAGGUGUUCGUGGCCGUGCAGGAGUGGUACCAGACCGACACCUACAACCUCUACCAGUCGGACCCGCGCGGCGAGCGCUACUCGCUGGUCCUGGAGGACGUGCGCAGCUCCCGACAGGCGGAGGAGAGCACGGUCGUCGACAUCCUGGAGGUCCGAGGGGUGAAAGGAGUCUUCCUGGCGAACCAGAAAGUCGACGGGAAGGUGGUGACGCUCAUUACCUACAACAAGGGCCGAGACUGGGAUCGCCUGAGGCCUCCCAGCGUGGACAUGAGCGGGAAACCCACCAACUGCAAGCCUCCGGACUGCCACCUGCACCUGCACCUCCGCUGGGCAGACAACCCCUACGUGUCAGGCACUGUGCACACCAAGGACACUGCCCCAGGCCUCAUCAUGGGCGCAGGUAACCUGGGCUCCCAGCUGGUGGAAUACAAAGAGGAAAUGUACAUCACGUCAGACUGCGGGCACACCUGGCGGCAGGUGUUCGAGGAGGAGCACCACAUCCUCUACCUUGACCACGGCGGCGUGAUCGUGGCCAUCAAGGACACGUCCAUCCCCCUGAAGAUCCUCAAGUUCAGCGUGGACGAGGGCCUCACCUGGAGCACGCACAACUUCACCAGCACCUCCGUGUUUGUGGACGGGCUGCUGAGUGAGCCGGGGGACGAGACGCUGGUCAUGACCGUCUUCGGCCACAUCAGCUUCCGCUCGGACUGGGAGCUGGUCAAGGUGGACUUCCGGCCCUCGUUCUCCAGGCAGUGCAGCGAGCAGGACUACAGCUCCUGGGACCUCACCAACCUGCAGGGUGACCGCUGCGUGAUGGGCCAGCAGAGGAGUUUCCGGAGGAGGAAGCCCACGUCCUGGUGCAUCAAGGGGCGGAGCUUCACAGCGGCGCUCGCAGCCCGCGUGUGCCAGUGCCGCGCCUCGGACUUCCUGUGUGACUAUGGAUUUGAGCGUGCCCCCUCCUCGGGGUCCGACGCCAGCACGUGCUUUGCCAACUUCUGGUUCAACCCCUUGUCCCCACCUGAUGACUGUGUCCUGGGCCAGACCUACACUAGCAGUCUCGGGUACCGCAAGGUGGUGUCCAGCGCGUGUGAGGGCGGCGUGGACCCGCGGCAGAGCCCCGCGCAGCUGCAGUGUCCCCUCCUGCCGCCCCGGGGCCUGCAGGUCAGCAUCCGCGGCGAGGCGGUGGCCGUGCGGCCGGGAGAGGAUGUCCUGUUCAUGGUGCGACAGGAGCAGGGCGACGUCCUGACCACCAAGUACCAGGUGGACCUGGGGGACGGCUUCAAGGCCAUGUACAUGAACCUCACGUUGACCGGGGAGCCCAUCCGGCACCGCUACGAGAGCCCCGGUAUCUACCGUGUGUCUGUCAGGGCUGAGAACAUGGCGGGGCACGAUGAGGCGGUGCUGUUUGUCCAGGUCAACUCCCCCCUGCAGGCCCUCUACCUCGAGGUGGUUCCUGUCAUUGGCGUCAACCAGGAGGUGAACCUCACAGCUGUGCUGCAGCCCCUGAACCCCAACCUCACUGUCUUCUACUGGUGGGUCGGUCACAGCCUGCAGCCCCGGCUCUCCCUGGAGAACUCUGUGACGACGCGGUUUGGGGACCCUGGGAACGUGCGGGUGACAGUGCAGGCUGCCUGCGGGACCUCGGUGCUGCAGGACUCCAGGGUGGUCCGCGUGCUGGAUCAGUUUCAGCUCGUGCCUCUGCAGUUUUCCAAGGACCUGGACGCUCACAACCCCAACACCCCUGAGUGGAGGGAGGACGUUGGCCUCGUGGUGUCCCGGCUCCUUUCCAAGGAGACCAGCAUCCCCGAGGAGCUGCUGGUGACCGUUGUAAAGCCGGGGCUGCCCACCUUGGCUGACCUGCACGUGCUCCUGCCACCUCCCAGGCCCACGAGGAAGAGGAGCCUCACGAAUGACAAGAGGCUCAUGGCCAUCCGGCAGGUGCUGAGCGCACAGAAGAUCAGCUUCCUCCUGCGAGGCGGGGUCCGGGUCCUGGUGGCCAUGAGGGACGAGGACACAGAUUCUCCGAGGCUGGGAGGCGGCGGCGGCUACUGGGCCGUGGCGGUUCUCUUCGUCAUCGGGCUCUUCGCCGUGGGCGCCUUCAUCCUCUACAAGUUCAAAAGGAAACGCCCGGGCAGGACGGUGUACGCGCAGAUGCACAACGAGAAGGAGCAGGAGAUGACGAGCCCCGUGAGCCACAGCCAGGGCGUGCAGAGCGCCCUCCAGGGCGAGGAGUUUAUAGAUGGUGAGCUGCACCCACAGACUCUAGGGACGCACUCCGGCGUGGUCCUGAGCAUCAACUCCCGCGAAAUGCACAGCUACCUGGCGAGCUGAGGCCGCCGGGCCGCGCCCAGGGCUCUCCUCUCCGUCACUUCGUCCCCCGCGGAGGGCACAGGACCACCCACGCCACCGGCACCAGGGCAGGGACCCGCCUCCCCCCAGAGACCUCGGGAAAGCCACCUCCUCCAGCCCUGCCCGCCGAGGCCACAGGUGCCCCUCUGUCCAGUUCCAGCCCACCUGGCCCACGGACGCCCAGAGGACCUGCCGGCUCCCGCCUCUCUGGACACCAGGCCCACGGCACCACCCGCUGUAUCUGUCCCCUGACGCCCAGCGCUUCUCUGCCGCCGGACCCAGCGUGGCUGCCCGCACCUCGUCACCCCAGCUGAGGCCUGACUUCUCGAGGCCGAGGCCGGUGCCCUCUGGACCAUGGGAGGCGAGCCUGCCGGGCUGCCCGCUCUCAGACCUGCCAGGUCACCUGCACCGCGGGCCUGCCCUGCAGAGGGAGCCGAGCCCUGCUUUCCUCCUCACGACCUCCAGGAAGGCAGCUCCUGCCCCCUCGGCCGUCCCUCUGCGGAGGCAUCCACCCCCUCCAGAAUCCGGAAAGCCUACUGAGGCCCUCCCGACGCCGCCCUCCGUGGCUCCCACUGUCCUUCUUUUUAAUCUGCGGUUAUUGUAAAUACCUCUCCAGGUAGCUGUUUGCGUUUGGGGGGUGGGCUUGUUCAACUUCCUAUUUCCACUGCCAGGCAGCAGCCCCUUUCUUGGGAACCCCUUUCCAGAAUGCCCAGGGCUGCCCCCUGAUUUUCCUGGCAGCCUUCUCUCCCUGGGGCCACAAGGCGAAGCUCUCCUUGGCUUUCCCAGACUGGGGCGCCCACCGGGUCCAGGGUAUUCAGUGCCUGCCCUUCCACAGGCAGCCAGCAGGCGGCGCCCUCGCAAGGGGUCCCCGGAGGGACCCGCGCAGAAGCCCAGGAACGGGAGAGGUUUAGGACCAUAGAGCCGGCAGGGCCGCCAAGCAGUGUGGCCCUUCUCUGAAGAUGGAGAGGCUGAGGCUCAGAGAGGGAGUGGCUUUCCCAAGGUCACACAGCAAGAUGGCAGCAGAGAUGCCCCAGGAGCCGCCCCGCUGCCUGUGCGGCGUGAAUUCCCUCACUCAGAGACGCCUAGAAUCAGGGAUGUUAGGACUAUACGGGGCGGAUGUUCACCUUUGGCCUUGAAACGAAAUCAGUCUCCCCCUCCUUCCCCCAGGCUGGGCGCGCGGUGGGGACCCCAGAGCCUCGGCUGGGGACUCACUGGCCGUAGUGAUUCCAGAAUGAAGCCGGGGGGAGGGGGCUGAUGACCCACUCGAUGAAGGAAAUGUGGCCUGGGGGAGGGAGCCCCACAGGUAAACAAACCAUCGAGCCCAGAAGGGCUACUACCAUGCGCGGGAGACCCUCAGUCUUGGGGGGGUGUCCCUGGAGUCCAGCCCAUUGGGUCACAAAUGGGGACUCAGACCAACUCUGAGACCAGCUUGCAAGGGGUCACUGCAGGUCACCAGGGCAGGUGGGGAGAGGGGUCCCUCUCGCCACCCUGUGCGCCCACUGGCUGGACCCCCGCCCCCACCGCGUGGGGUCCUCAAGACCCUCCCAGGGGAAGGGCGGGGUGGGGGACCCGGGGCUGGAGCUGGCAGGGCGGGAUUUGUGUGGGAAGAGGGUUCUCCUGACUUUGCUCCCCCCGCCCACCUGCAGUCUCCAAAGACCCCUUAGGGAGCCCUGUGUCCUGCCAGCGCCCCACCCAGCCCGUCCUGAGAGCGUCACACUCAGGUCAGCACCGGUCGGCACCGCCCAGGUCCAAGGCGUCCCCUGGACAUGGCCCCUCGGCUCACCGGUGCCUGUGCGGGGCGACCCCUUUGACCCCCGGACCCUCAGUUGCGUCCUCUCGCUGUUUGGGUAGAGUUCGCCCUCAGCUAUUUGUGUUUUUCUCAUAUUUUGUGUUACUAUUUCUGUCAAGAGCACUUGGGGUGUUGGACCCAAGAACCUGGGAAUGAGUUGGCAUCAGUAACCGUGAGCUUCUCCGCCCGUAACCGCGUAGCUGGCACGUAGGUCUGCGGAUUCAUCUGGUUCUCCGCUGGAGCGUCUUCCUAUCGGGGGACAGGGCCUGCUGUGGGAGCUGACGUUUCACGCAGCGGGUCGAGCCCACCCUUUGUAUAUGCACAUAACAGAGAUGCGAUCAAGUCUUUCUUAUUUUUCCUUUUUAAAAAUCAAUAAAUCGUUUGUGAUGCUUUUAACAAAGAUUAAACGGAAAUGAUCAGCCUUUGCCUUA